GUGCUCCGUGCCCCGUUCCCGGUGCUCCCGGCCCGUUCCCGGUGUUUUCCCGGUGCUCCGUGCCCCGUUCCCGGUGCUCCCGGCCCGUUCCUAUUCCCGGUCCAUCCCGAGGAUGCUGCGCCGCCGCGGAGCCUUCGCGGUGCAGCCGCUCCGUGCUGAGCCCGAUGGUCCCUGGGAGUCGGCCGAGAGCUGCAUCGUGCGCAGCUCCGCCAGCGUCUACCGCCGGCUGCAGGAGAGCCCGCGGCAGCCCCGGCGGGGAAUGAGCACUCGCGGAACCCCCAGCAGCCCCCCGGCCGCAGGGAGACCCCCCAAGUCCGAGUCCGCGGAUUCCGGCGUGGAGACGGCCAGCAACGAGCACUCACCCCGCAGCCCGCUGGGCUCCGAGAGCCGCUUCUCCCUGGAUGGUUUCUCGUCGGAGCAGCCCCCCAAAGAGGAGCAGCCCCCCGGAGAUGAGGAGCAGCCCCCCAAGAGCCGCCCGGGCAGCCGGAGGCUGCUGCAGGCAGCGCAGCGGAGCCGGAGGCAGCGCUGCCCGCGACAGCUCGGCCGGCGCAGCGCCAGCGCCGCCGACCUGGCCGAGCCCCCCCGGGACCCCGAGGGGUCUCCUCGGGACCCCCGGGCCGUGCCCGAGCUGCCGGGGCAGGGGCUGCGCUACCUGGAGCACGUGUGCCAGAUGCUGGAGCGCCUGGCGAGGCUGCAGCAGGACAACCGCGCCCUGCGGCAGCAGGCGGCCGGAGCCCGCACCGCCUCACUGGUGAGGGCCCGGGCAGGGGGAUGGCGGGGAGGGGGCGUGGGGGUCCCGGCUCACACCCAGCUCACAGCCUGCCCGUGCUCUGCUCGCCCCCAGCCCGGCCGGCAGCAGCCCAGGAGGGAUUUGGGCACCUGGAGGGGUGAAGGGUUCCGGCAGCGCUCCUGCUCCGACAGCCAGGCACCAGCAGCCGAGCCCGGGCCGUGCCGGCGGCUCUGGGGACACUCGGUCAGCUCCCCCAGCCUGCUGGAGCCCGCCGAGGGCGGCGCCAACGGCCUGGCACCGGAGCAGGACGGCCGCUCGCACUGGGGCCGGGUGAAGGUGCUGCUCACCCGCCUGACCCGCCGCUCGCUGCGCGGCAGCCGCUGCAGGUAGGACGGGGGUGGGUCCCGCUCAGCUCGCACCGCCACACCUGGAUGGAGGAACUACGUCACACCUCACCCCAUGACGUCACGCCAGCACGGGGCCGGUCCCCUACCCGGCGCACCCCUUCACGUUUUUUGCUUUUUCCCCUCAAUAAAGUCUUUUCACCCACAAACAGGCGGCUCUGAGCGAGGUGCUUGCUGGCGCGCCGUGACGUCA